AUGCGCCGCCAUCUCGUCGUCGUGGCCGUCUCCAUCAUGUGCGUGUCCCGUUUCGGGGUCGUCUCGGGGCUGCACUGGAACUCCAAGUACACUCGCACGGUGGACCCCAACGACAAGGCGCCGCCCAUCCUCGACGGCACGGCCCUGACCCCCGCGUCGCGCCUGACAUUCUACCUCAAGCUGGUCCUGCCCACGAUGUCGCCCUCUACUUUGCGCCUGCCUGGUGACUUGGACCCGUACGACGUCGUGGAGGACGUUCAGCGGACGAUGCGUCAAAUGCAACACGACGUGACCGCCACUACCUCGACCUGGCUCUCCACGUUCGUUGCCAAGAUCAACAAGGACGACACGUAUGACUAA